CCUUGGUUAUGUCAUAGGAGACCCUCGCCAUAUUCGAGAAGGACGUGAAGAGAACCAACACCGGGUUCCUAGCGAUAGCAACAGAGGUGGAGAAUGACGGAGAGAAAGCCUCAGAACCUCCAGAAAAAAUCAAGGACUUACUGAAGGAGUUCCAAGACAUUCUUCUUGACGAUCUUCCAAACGAGCUACCGCCCUACCGAACGCAUCAACACGAGAUCGUGGAGGAACCGGGUUCGAAGCCGACCUUCCGAGCACUAUAUCGGCUCAGCCCUACGGAGCUGACCGACAUGAAAAAACAGAUCGAGUAUCUCCAAGCCAAAGGACUCAUCCGACCAUCCACUUCACCAUGCACUGCCCCAGUACUCUUCACACCGAAACCGGACGGAAGCUUGCGCAUGUGCAUCGACUACCGAGCUCUUAACAAGAAGAAAAUCGAAGCCGUACGUACGUGGAAGACACCCGAGAAUGUGAAGGAGUUGCAGCAGUUCCUAGGCUUCGCGAAUUAUUACAACAGGUUUGUGCCACAGUAUGCGAAACUAGCAGCACCACUCAUGAAUCUGCUGAAGAAGAACAUGCCCUACAAAUGGGAAUCGAAGCACCAGGAAGCCGUGGAGCAGCUGAAACAAGCUUUCACGACCGCCCCGGUACUCAUCUUGCCAGAUCCCGAACGCGACUACGUAAUCGAAGCUGACGCCAGCGACCAGGCAGUGGGAGCAGUCUUAAUGCAAGACCAGGGGAAUGGACUACAACCAAUCGCCUACCUCAGCAAGAAACUACAUGGAGCAGAACUAAACUACCCGAUACACGACAAAGAGGCCGUUGCCAUUGUCAUCGCUUUCAAAGCAUGGAGAUGUUAUCUCGAAGGACGGCGAACAACUGUCUACACCGACCACUGCAGCCUGAAAUACUUGAAGACACAACCCAACCUUUCCAGGCGGCAGGUCCGGUGGAUCGACUUCCUCGAGACACACUUCCACUACGACAUCGUGUACAAGCCCGACCACAAAAACAAAGCAGACGCUCUUAGCCGGCCUGCGCACAUUGCCGCUAUUCAAAUUGAAGGGAUGAAUCCACUACUCAAGGGAAUCUUCACACAAUGGUACGCCAUCGACCCAGAAAUCCCCUUGGCUGGAAAAUGACAUCUGAUACAGUGGGACAG